CAGUUUUUAGUUGGUCUUAUCCCAUGAAACUGGGGCUGUUUCACUCUCCCGUGGGCUCCUUAUCCUUUGCAUCAAUCAUAUCUCUCGCUAUAUAACUUCCUAUAGUUUUUCAUUUUCUUUCAUCAAUCACUUGCAACACAGAUUCAAUUAAUUAAAACCCAAAAAUUGAUUCCAGUAUUAAAUUUAACCAUAUAUAUCCAAGAGCUACAAAAUUUGAAGACACAAGAGAUGAGUACUUUAAGAAGCAAAGCAUGGAUGGUGGCCGGGACAGUUGGAUUGGUAGAGGCACUAAAAGACCAAGGUUUUGCACGGUGGAACUACACCUUCAGGAUCAUCCACCACCACGCCAAGUCCAAUCUCCGGUCACUUUCCCAGACCAAAAAGUUGUCUUCACCGGAGGCGGCCAAGGCUUCAAGCAGAGGCAUGGAAAAUGUCCACAAGGCAAAACAAUCAGAAGAGUCGUUAAGAAAAGUUAUGUAUUUGAGCUGUUGGGGUCCCAACUAACUAAAUCUUUGUUUUGUAUUUCAUUUUAGGAAUAUAGUUAGAUAUAUAGAGAACACCAGAUUAAAUAUAUAUGUAAUCAUAUAUGCAUGAUUUACAUGCAAGCUUCAAUUAUAUAUAUAUAUUGAAUAGAAUCUCCUAUA